AUGCAUUCACCAACGGAUCAACAUUGGCAAUCUGCGAAUCGUGUUCUUCGGUACCUCAAGGGCAUGGCUACUCAUGGUAUUUUGUUAAAACGGCAUAAUCCUCUGUCUUUACACGCUUAUUCUGAUGCGGAUUGGGCAGGCGAUGUCGAUGAUUACGUCUCUACUAAUGCAUAUGUGACUUAUCUUGGUCAUAAUCCUGUCUCCUGGUCCUCCAAGAAGCAGAAAGGGGGUUUACGGUCAUCAACGGAGGCUGAAUAUCGGAUGAAGCAUAUUGCAAUUGAUUACCAUUUCAUUCGGACUAUGGUUCAAGAUCGAGCUUUGCGUGUUGUUCAUGUUUUUACUCGUGAUCAAUUGGCGGACUUACUUACCAAACCUCUCUCUCCUACUGCAUUCAAGGACUUGACUUUCAAGAUUGGAGUCUCCCCAAGACCCUCCAUCUUGAGGAGGCGUAUAGAAGAUCAAUCAUAUUCAUGA